AUGACUGUGUCGAGCGCCACCAUUCCUUCAGCCACCAAGGCUCGGAUUCUGGUCAUCGGAGCGACCGGCUUUAUGGGUCAAUUUGUGACAAAGGCGAGUCUUGCCUUCGGACAUCCCACUUGUUUGCUGGUUCGGCCUUCCCAUACAAUGCACUCCAAGGCUGCCCUUCUCAAAUCCUUUCAGGAUAAAGGUGCCACACUCAUUCAUGGGGUAAUAAAUGAUAAGGAUCAAAUGGAGAGAAUUUUGAAAGACAAUGAGAUAGAGAUUGUCAUUUCUCUUGUUGGAGGGGGCAAUGUUCUGGACCAGAUUACUUUAAUAGAUGCCAUGAAAUCUGUGAAGACUAUCAAGAGGUUUUUGCCAUCAGAGUUUGGGCAUGACGUGGACAGGGCAGAGCCUGUGGAGCCAGGGCUAACAAUGUACAAAGAGAAGCGCGUAGUUAGACGCAUGGUUGAAGAGAGUGGGAUCCCCUUCACCAACAUCUGUUGCAAUUCCAUUGCUUCUUGGCCUUACUAUGACAAUUGUCAUCCUUCUAAGCUCCCUCCUCCCACGGACCAAUUUCAAAUUUAUGGUGAUGGCAACAUUAAAGCUUACUUUGUUGAUGGAAAUGAUAUUGGAAGGUUGACAAUGAAAGCAGUUGAUGAUGUUAGAACACUGAACAAAAACGUUCAUUUUAGACCCUCAAUGAAUUGUUACAGCGUCAACGAGCUUGCUUCUUUAUGGGAAAAGAAAAUUGGUCGAACAAUUCCCAGAGUCACCAUCUCAGAAGAUGAUCUUCUUGCUGCAGCAGCAGCGAACUUGAUACCUGAAAGCAUUGUAGCCUCAUUCACGCAUGACAUUUUCAUCAAGGGUUGCCAAGUUAACUUCAGCACAGACGGCUCAAAUGAUGUUGAAAUCGGAACACUGUACCCUGAUGAAAAGUUCCGAUGCUUGGAGGAUUGCUUUGAGGAUUUUGUUCCCAUGAUCCGUGACAAGAUUCUUGGAGGCCCAAAUGAUGAACUUGCCAAAACCAAUAAUAAGUCAUUGCUAGAAGCCGUGCCAAUCACAGCUAUGGGCUGA